GCCAUCACAACGUCAUUUAGCAACUUUUAGCAACAAAUCAACCUGCCUCUAACCACUUAUCCUGAAAAUGUGUUUGCAACACUGCUCAGAAGACUACUAGCGCAAAGUCCUCCAACAACUUGCAUGACAGUGUAAACAUGUAUCUAGCAGGCGCAUAAUUAGCUUCUGAAAUUGCCAGUGUAGCAGGGAUAUGAGUUUUCGAAUAGCGUAGGUUUUUCAGUAACGCAAACCUGUUCGUAUGGCGUAUUCAUCUCAUUGCCUUCACGGUUCGUUUAUUUAAAUCGCUAUUUGCUAGGCUUAUCCCAAAACAGCCAGUUUUGAUUCUGUCCGGUAGUAACAAAUCGAGAUGGACUACUUGUUACAGGUGAAAAUAGGUGCCCUCGUGGGUUUGUUGCUCCUGACGCUAUUUUUCGGAUUUAUUCCUGCUCGGAUGAAGUGGUUCAGAGAAACCAGUGGGACAGAAACCCAUCGGGUGGUCUUGAGUUUCAUCAGCUGUUUUGCCGGAGGCGUCUUCCUGGCUGCCUGUCUAUUGGACAUCAUCCCAGACUAUCUGUCAGACAUGAAUGCUGAGCUGGCCGCACGGAGGGUGGACACCAGCUUCCCCCUCCCGGAGUUCAUCAUGGCUGCAGGCUUCUUCACUGUGCUCAUUGUGGAGAGGAUUGUUCUGAACUGCAGACAAGAUGCCAUGCGAGGGUCAGACCAGGAGAGAGCACCUCUGAUGCGAGCCAAAGGGCACAGCCAUGGGCAGGGUAAAGCCGCGUCCACCGACCUGGAGGGUAGUGCCCACCACGUCCACAUGGACCUCCAGGCCCACUCCUCCUUUCGCUCGUUCAUGCUCUUUUUAUCACUCUCCCUCCAUUCUGUGUUUGAGGGCCUGGCCAUCGGGCUGCAGACCACAGACUCAAAGGUAUUAGAGAUCUGCAUUGCCAUUGUGGUCCACAAGAGCAUCAUCGUGUUCAGCCUAUCGGUGAAGCUGGUGCAAAGCGAAGUCCCGCCCAUGUGGGUUGCGGCCUACGUGGGCGUCUUCGCCAUGAUGUCUCCACUGGGCAUUGCAGUGGGCAUCGGGGUUAUCGAGGCCCAGCUGGCGGCAGGCGUUCUGAUCCAGGCCAUCCUGGAGGGGAUGGCGGCCGGGACCUUUAUUUACAUCACCUUCAUGGAGAUCCUGCCUCACGAGCUGAACUCCCCAGAGAACCAGCUGCUCAAGGUGUUCUUCAUUCUGCUAGGCUUCAGCGUCAUGGCGGGCCUCACCUUCCUGGGUUGAGAGCAUGUCACCCACUGGGGCAACUGACCUAGCAGAAAUAUAGGUGUGGCUGAUAGGAGUCAUGUUACUUGAUGUUGUGUACUAGGGUCGCCAUGAGGGGAGGUGUCUCAGGGAUACGGCCAACAUUAAAAAACGGUACGGUUUUACUGCAGGGUGUGUGCAGGGGAGAUUACUGUGCCUGUGACUGGCUGCGCCCGUGUGCCACUUUUUUUUAUUUGAGGGUCACAGCUGUUCUUACUCAGUUUUUUGGUUUUUAAGGUUGUGAUACUCAUUGUUUUUUUUUUAUACUGCUUUUAGCAUAGAUUUUAAGUUCACAGCCAAGGAUGGUAAGACAGUCUUACAUUUAAGGACUUUUAAUGAUUUCAAAUAGAUUAUAUUUAGUUAGGUUCUACUUCUUAAUUUGAUUGUUUUAGCACUGGGAAAAUAAUAAGUACACAAUGUGGCAAUAUUGAUUGUUUUUAUUCUGUGGCAUACAUACCAGUGGUUCUUAUUAUAUUCUUCAACAAUUGCUGUUUGUAGUCUUUUUCACAUAACUGAGGAUCACUGAAAAAAAGAGCUGUUCAAACUGACAUGAUUGCCUGGUCUCUUUGGCAAAUGACAGGUGUGGCAAGGAUUGGAAUGUUAGCUAAAAAGAUGCGUACUCAGACUAACAUCUCUUAAUAGUCAAAUUAAUCUGUUGCAUCAAUAUCUCUUUAUGUAUACAGGUUAAAAUGUCAAUUGUUUCAUGAUUACACUUUUGGAUGUGAGCACUAUUUUGCAGCCUCCACAGUUAAGUUGAAGUAUUAAAUGUUUUAUCGCUCUUGAGGAACAAAUUGUUUUCACCUUGAACUAUAUUAUGCCUUACAAAUGAGUAAAGCUGUUUAUAUUAUCAAACAGCGGAUAGCUGCAAUGAAAUGUGUUUUACAUGGUCAGCCAUAGUAGUAUGGUGCCCCUGGAGCAAAUUAGGAUUAAGUGCCUUGCGCAAGGGCACAUCGACAGAUGUUUCACCUUGUUGAAUAAUAUGCAAAGAGAAAACAUUGUUUGAGUUUAUUUUAUUUUUACAGGGACAGUGCACAUUAAUCAACGUUUCAGUAAAAGUGCCGGUUUUAGCCAACAGGCUAAUUUUCAACCGCAGUCCCUGGGCAGGUUGUGACCAACAUUUUACAGUAUUUCUUUUUUUAAGACAUUGCAUGGAAUCUCACAAUAUUGUCUGAGAAAUCAACAGAUGUGUUAAAUGUACCUAAGUAUAUCAAUGAUAAAUGUCAACAAUCUAUUAUUUUACAUGUGAGAUAUUUGGAUGGAGAGACACUUGUGUUAAAACACCAUCUUGGUAUAUGUAGUUUUUACCUCAUCACUUUUUGCGUGGAGGCAUCAUUCCUUUCGUAAUCGACAUGAUGCAAUCGAGAGAGUGUAUUGUCACUGCCACAUCACGAGUUUGAUACAGAGCAAUAGUCUGAUUACUUUUUAGAGACCAUAAUAUUUAAAGAGAGAUUAUGAGGUUAAGUUCAACUAAAGCAUGUGUUUUCCUGACUCUGUUCCUCAUUGUGUUGAUAGUUUCCAUACCCCAGCCAUGAGUCAUGUUUCUGUUGUGUUAACAAGGCUUCAAGUUUAUAACAACACUAUCACAAGUGACCCUCAGCUUCCUCUUACUCCUCCAAUCUUCUCUGACACUGUUGCAGUAAAAUAAUGAUUAAACAAGUUGACUAUGA